AUGUCCUACACCACAUCUCUCACAGGCCGUGAGCGGUCAAGAUGGCCGCCGCUUACACGAAUGCUCAUGUCCGGCGAGAUGUCAGAAGAGAAGGGUCGCCAGUUGACUCGAAAAGAGAGAUUCGACGUGUGGAUGGUCAAUGAAGGUUACCGACGGCUAUUCGUCUUUACGUUUGCGAUAUUGCACGUCAUGGUCUUUGUGUUCGGUAUGAUGAACUAUGGGCUGAAGGACAACUCAAUCGGCACACGAGCAAAGUUCGGUUUAACGUUUCCCAUAGCCCGUUCAGCAGCCUUGACACUACAUGUCGACGUAGCCUUCAUCCUCUUCCCUGUGUGCAGGAACCUCAUCUCCAUGGCUCGUCGCACGCCACUCAACGACAUUAUUCCCUUUGAUAAGAACAUCACCUUCCACAAGCUUGUCGCCUGGGCCAUUGUCUUCUUUUCCUGGGUCCACGUCAUCGCCCAUUGGAACAACCUCGCCAAGUUUGCUGCAUUCAACCAACUCGGAUUCAUGGGUUUCAUCCUUGCAAAUCUCGCCACAGGACCUGGAUGGAGUGGCUAUGUCAUGCUGUUCGCUUUGAUGUCCAUCGCAAUCACCGCAGCCGAGAAGCCGCGUCGUGCCAACUUCGAGCGCUUCUGGUACACACACCACAUGUUCAUCGUCUUCUUCGUCUUCUGGUCCAUUCACGGAGCGUUUUGCAUGAUCCAGCCCGACUUCGCGCCCUUCUGCGAUGGCAUCGGCGUCUUUUGGGAAUACUGGAUGUACGGCGGCUUUGCAUACCUCGCCGAGCGCAUCGCGCGUGAAGUGCGAGGACGUCACAAGACAUACGUCUCCAAGGUCAUCCACCACCCCAGCAAUGUCUGCGAGAUCCAGAUCAAGAAAGAACACACUACAACCCGUGCUGGACAAUACAUCUUCCUCUGCUGCCCUGAAGUAUCCAUCUGGCAGUACCACCCCUUCACGCUCACCAGCGCACCGGAAGAGGACUACAUCUCCGUGCACGUCCGUAUGGUUGGUGAUUUCACACGUAAGCUCGGCAAGGCGCUUGGAUGCGACCUCGACAAGAAAGCUGGCGGCGAAAAGGAUCAGAACUCCGAGGAAGUUGCAAUGCGCCAGAUUCUGCCGCGUGUUUACAUUGACGGCCCAUUCGGAUCCGCAUCGGAAGACGUGUUCAAGUUUGAAGUUGCAGUCCUGGUCGGUGCUGGUAUCGGUGUGACACCCUUUGCGUCCAUCUUGAAGAGUAUCUGGUACAGGAUGAACUACCCGCAAAGCCGCACUAGGCUGAGGAAGGUGUACUUCUUCUGGAUUUGCCGUGACUUUGGUUCCUUCGAAUGGUUCCGCUCCCUUCUUCUCGCGAUCGAAGCGCAGGAUCUGGAAGACCACAUCGAGAUUCACACUUACCUCACUGCCAGGAUCAAGGCCGACGACGCAACGAACAUCAUGAUCAACGACGCCAACGCCGAGCAAGACGCUAUCACUGGCCUGCGAGCACCCACCAACUUUGGCCGUCCCAACUGGGACAUGAUUUUCAAAUCGAUCCGCAAAAUUCACUCGCCCGCAGAAGCAGGUGUGUUCUUCUGUGGCCCCAAGGGACUGGGAAGCACACUGCACGUCAAGUGUAACAAGUGGAGUGAGCCCGGAUUCAGCUUCGUCUGGGGCAAGGAGAACUUCUAG